GGUGCAUACUUUAUAAAGCGGCAUUAAUAGAUUUUUGGACAGGAUUAGAAAUAAGUCGAAAGGCAGAAAUUGCUUCGAUACAAAGAGAUGUUUCAUUCAUCACUAGGACAAUAACUCCAAGAUG